CCACUUCAUGCUGUACGAUUACACCCACAUGUAAGGAAUAGCUAAUCAGCGUCCUGACUGGAAUUUAUCACUAACUAGUCUAACCAUUGUAUAAAUAAUCCUGAUUGCACUCAGAGUGGCUAGGUAUUGUGAGCACGCUUCUGUUCCCCAUCUCGUUUACUUUCUGUGUUUCGAUGUGUCUUUUAAAGCAUUUGAGUGUUCUGCUUGUGCUGCUUUCGCCAUUGAUCUUGGAGGCAGCCGGGCCGAUCCGUUGCUUGCCCUGCACCGAUGAAAGGUUGGCGCACUGCCCGCCCGUGGAUAAUACAUGCACCGAAGAGAUGGUAAGGGAGCCAGGUUGCGGCUGCUGCCAGAUGUGUGCACUGUCUAGAGGCCAACCUUGUGGGGUGUACACGGCACGCUGUGGGAUCGGGCUCCGCUGUUACCCCCAGCUGGUGGAUAGCAAACCUUUGGAGACUCUCAUGCAAGGACGUGGCAUAUGCAUGGACAUUGCUGAGGUGGAAAGGAUUCAAUCAAUACAAGCAGAAACACAGGCCACUGAAGUCGAAAUUGAGAGUCCUAGUCCAGAUGGUACGGUAGGCACCCAAACAGGCCCCAUCGUCCGUUUUCCGCCUGUACCUGGGCACACCAUAACAGACAGGCUGUUCGAUACACGGAACUCAGCUGAUGCGCAGAUGGGAAUGAGAGCCCGGAACUACAAACAGAAACCAAGAGAGCAACUGGGUCCGUGUCAGGAAGAGAUGCAACGAGCGAUCGACAGGAUUACCCUGGCACAACAGCGUAAUAAUGAGGAUCUUUACAGGUUUCACAUUCCCAACUGUGAUAAGAUAGGAUUCUACAACCUCAAGCAGUGCGAGUCGUCAUUGGAUGGGCUACGUGGAAUAUGUUGGUGUGUUCACCGCAGGAAUGGAAAGAAAAUCCCAGGCACUUCAGAAGUGAGAGGUGAUCCUCAGUGUCACCGGCACGACGGGCAUGUUUCAGCAUCGGCAGAGCAAAAUAACUGAAGCUCUACAGAAACUGAUGAGAUGUUAACAUCUUUGCUUUUCUUUCACACAUUACACCACAGCAUUUGAAGGUGAUAUCUGGAAGGUCACAGUUAUCUUUCAUAAGUAUAAGCUAUUUAUUUCCUGCUGUUUUUUUGUAGUUUUAAGAUUGCAUUUAAGGAAAUAUCGCAUUUAAGAUGACGUGUACAUGAAUUUUCAGGUGAAAUAAUCUACUGUAGCCACUUACAUAUGCAGUUCAGUAAUAAGUAACAUGCAUGAAAAUAUUCCUGCUGUGAAUGAUGCAUGAUUAAAUUUAUCUCAGAAAAGCAAUAACAUUUAGCUGUCACUGGGAACACUGCAAGCCAGUAUGUAUUAAUCAAUGUUGAUAAUGCUUAAUUAUUGUAAUAUUGGAACCCAAGGAAGGAAAAUAAAAUAAAGGUUUUGAGUUCUGUGCAACAAUGCAAUUGCUGUCAAUAUUGAUUACUAUCAAUAUUGUUUAUAUUUCAUCAUAAUUUCAAAUGUCAAUACUUUGAUCACACAAAAACAUUUACAUUUUCAAAUGCAGAUAACUUUUGUAAACUGCUUAGACUUCAUUCUUUAUGACACCUGAACUCUUGCCUUUAGCACAAUCUUAUGUACAAUACUUGGCACAUCUAGUAUUAGUAGAGGAAAAUUAAUUAAUUUGGUGCUGAACAUUUGUUCAAUGUUUAUCAUUGAAUGGAGAGUGCAUUUAAUGUUAAUUGUCAAAAAUUCUUCUAGCACAAAAUUAAAUUAUCUCACAAAGUAAUAAAUUAGUGUUGACCCUUUGCACUGUAUGCCGAUCAGAAAAAGCAGUAAUCUUACUUCCAAUGAGGUAUGAAAUCACGUCAUUUAUUUUUGCAAUUAUAAUUAACGAUUAAUUAUGAAUUUCUCCACAUACUCCUACAAACUAUUUUACUUCAAUUAAUACUCAGACACAUUAUCUGCUAAUUAAAGAAUUCCCCAUUUCUUUUUAUCAAUGCAGCAUGAAUGAAAUAAAAUGAAAUAAUUGCUUUCUUAAUUAUGUAGCCUUUAGCAUAGGCCUCUGGUAAUGAAUUGGAGGUUAUAAAAUAGAGCCAAAUCUUCUACUUUACUUUCUUUAGUGAAGUGUCUUAUACCAAAACAUGUGAAUUAAAAUCCAUCUGAAUCAGGAAAAUGUGGAAAUCAGGAAAUCUGAAUCAGGAAAAUCUUUUAUAAAUUAUGUUGCCAAUUGAUUCAUUAAAAAUACCCAUGUCACGAAACAACAGUGUAUUAUUGUAUUGAAAGGUAUUUCGAUGUAUAGUCAUAGUAUCACUUGUAGUGAUAAUUAACAUACUGACCCAGUGAAGGCUGGAGACUUUGUCAUGUUUGAUUCUUGCACCUGCUGGGUUUCCUGGUGAUGUUGUGCACUUUGUAACCACUAGAUGGCGUCCAACAUAUUUAUGCACAUUUACUCAUUUACUAAUAAUAUCACUGUUCUCAAAUUGUUUAUGAUAGCAAGUGUCCUUUGAAUGCAGCUGCACCAACUCAAUUUUAUUUCAGAAAAUCAUAUCAUAAUUAUGUAGCACAAUUAAUGAACAAGUGAAUUUGUAAUUUGUGUUGUCGUGUGAUGCAAAUUAAUCUAUUGGCUUUUUUUUGCUGUAGAAAACACAAUACCAUGUUUAUUCGGUUUAAAUAAUGUUUAUUAAAAAACAUAAUUA